GUCCGUCAAUACAACUGCUUCCUCCGUGUGUUUUAUUCUCGCAGACGACAAUAUUAGUGGAGUUUUGAAAAGGACGGAAGAUGAUUUCUUCCAGAAGAAGCGAAAGCGACUGGCAGGGUUUGGUGAGCGAGUUCCUGGUGGUGAAGAGGAAGUUGGACAGUAAAAAGGAGGCUCUGCUCAUUUUGUCUAAGGAGCUGGACUCGUGUCAGCAGGAGCGUGACCAGUACAAGCUGAUGGCCAAUCAGCUGCGAGAACGCCACCAGAGCCUGAAGAAGAAGUACCGCGAGCUCAUCGAUGGAGACCCUUCUCUGCCUCCCGAGAAACGAAAUCAGGUGAGCCUGGCCCAGCUGCUGAGGGAGUGCAGGGAGAGGAACAGGCAGGUGUGUGAGGAGCUGAAGGAGCUGAGUCAGAGGCUGAACGAGGCGCAGGGGGACAACAAGCUCCUGAGGAUGACCAUCGCCAAGCAGCGUUUGGGCGACGAGGAGGUCGGGGUGCGGCACUUCCCGCCCCACGAGCGGCAGGACCUGGUGCAGCAGCUGGAGAAGGCCCGGGAGCAGAACGAGGACCUGGAGCACGGGCUGAAGGCGGUGACGGACGAGCUACAGGACGUGCGGGCGGAGCGCAGCGUCUUCCAGGAGAAGGCCGACCGCCUGAACCGCGAGCUCAACCUCAUCCUGGGCCAGGAGAGCCGCAUCAUCGACGUGGACGCGCUGUGCAUGGAGAACAGAUAUUUACAUGAGAGAUUUAAGCAACUGCAGGAAGAGGUGAACCUGCUCAAAGCCAACGUCAUGAAGUACAAGACGGCUCUGGAGAGGAGGAAGAAUUCUAAAAUCUACGGCCGGUCAAACAGCAGUGCUCUUACAGGGGUCCUCUCUGCCAAACAAGUUCAGGAGCUCUUGCUGUCGGAGGAGAGCGGCUGUAGUCUGCCAGCCACGCCCCAGAGCAUCUCUGACCUCAAGUCCUUAGCCACAGCGCUCCUGGAGACCAUCCACGAGAAGAACAUGGUCAUCCAACACCAGCGUCACACCAACAAGAUUCUGGGAAAUCGAGUCGCAGAGCUGGAGAAGAAGCUGAAGACCCUGGAGGUGGCAGGACUGUGGAGUCUGCCAGGUCUCUCCUACAGUGUGUCGGUGGGAUUUGGGAGGGGCAGAGACGCCAUCAGCCUGAGUGAAGGCCAGACCUCAGGGUCUCCCCUACUGGGCCUCGCCCCAGAGCCCGAGCCAAUGAAACUGCAGCAGCACACAGGCAAUGGGACAGGAAGUGACCUCGUGGCUCUGCCCAGCACUCACGCCGGGCCUGAUGGGAUAGGCCAGGAGGGCCGGGGGGCGGAGCCUGUAUGGCAGACGGGCGCACAGCAGGAGGAAGUGGAAGAGGCGGAGCUUCCUCUGUGGGAGCAGCCUGCUUCGCCAUUGGACAGUCCAUCAGAGCUCUUCCUGUCACAGGCCCCGCCCACUACAUCUGACCCGGCGUUACCAUUGGACAGUCCCUCAGUGCUGUCUCUCUCACAGGCCCCUCCCACUAUAACUGAGCCAGCUUCCCCAUUGGACAGUCCCUCAGAACUGUCUCUCUCACAGGCCCCUCCCACUAUAACUGAGCCAGCUUCCCCAUUGGACAGUCCCUCAGUGCUGUCUCUCUCACAGGCCCCUCCCACUAUAACUGAGCCAGCUUCCCCAUUGGACAGUCCCUCAGAACUGUCUCUCUCACAGGCCCCUCCCACUAUAACUGAGCCAGCUUCCCCAUUGGACAGUCCCUCAGAACUGUCUCUCUCACAGGCCCCUCCCACUAUAACUGAGCCAGCUUCCCCAUUGGACAGUCCCUCAGUGCUGUCUCUCUCACAGGCCCCUCCCACUAUAACUGAGCCAGCUUCCCCAUUGGACAGUCCCUCAGAACUGUCCAUACAGGCCCCUCCCACUAUAACUGAGCCAGCUUCGCAAUUGGACAGUCCCUCAGAACUGUCUCUCUCACAGGCCCCUCCCACUAUAACUGAGGCAGCUUGCCGAUUGGACAGUCCCUCAGAACUGUCCAUACAGGCCCCUCCCACUAUAACUGAGCCUGCCUCCCCAUUGGACAGUCCCUCAGAACGCUCCCUACAGGCCCCUCCCACACCAGAGGAAGAUCCUUGUUCAGACCCCGCCUUGGAGGAGGGGUUUAGCUCAGACUCCGCCCCAGAGGAGGGGCCUCCAGGCUGCACCAGUGACGAAGUCUCGGCCUGUGAAGAAGCCACUCCCCUUCCCGCUGAAACCCACCAACCAGUGAACAGCAGCCUCGCCCAGGAAGAGGAGGAGCCCGGCCCAGUCAGGAUGACGGACACUGACGACAGUCUGGCGGAGCCACGCCCUCUCUCUGCUCAGCCCAGCCAAUGAGAAAGGACUUUGUUUGACUCUUCCUCUUUGUCCUACUGAAUGCCACCUCCUCUGUGAGGCGUAGGAUCCCACCAUCAUUUUGGAUGGAGGUGAGAGAGAGCCAGGUGGGCCUCCUGUACACGUCACCUGUACUCACCUGACAGGGACUAGAACACAAGUACGUGAGCGAGGCAGGAGGAAUUUGUUGUGCAAAAACAUGCAGAGCCCUUGGAACUAAGAGUUCAUUAUGUACACAGAGGGAAUACCAUAGAUAUCUAUAAUAUACACAGAGGGGAUUCCAUAGAUAUUCAUUAUGUACACAGAUGGAAUACCAUAGAUAUUCAUAAUGUGCACUGAGAAAUACCAUAGAUGUUUGUAAAUGUUACAUGAAUGUGUGAUUGUGUUUCCUCUGCUGGGCUUCCAUAACAUUUUCUGAAAACACAUCUCAAUGGUGGUGCAAAGAUCUCUCAGCACUCGAUAACACACAGUGUUUAAAUAUAAAUAGCUACAAGAUAACCGAUAACUAAUACUCGUGUGUGGGUGAUCAUAUUUUUAAUCCAACUGAAACACGUUUUCCAGAACAAAUAAGCAAUAACAAAGUGCAAAGUGUCGACAAACACUGCGUGACUAAACAAACGCUGGCAGGAUGGGGGUGGGAUAGGAGAGAUCUGCCCCUUCUGUGUGUGUCUGCGUGUGUGUGUGUGUGUUUCUCUGUCUGUGUGUGUGUGUAUGUGUGUGUAUUUGUGUGCGGUCAGGGGUUUUGUACAGAAGUGAAAUCAGUGUGCUAUACUCCGCACCUCUCUGCUGCAGCACGAGCAGCGAUGACUCAGACCUUUUCAGCUGAACAUUUAGCAGGUGUGACUGGUCACUAGUGAACCAGCAGUGGAGUCAUGAGCAGCAAAGCAAUGUGGAUGGGCCAAUGUGGAUGGGCCAAUGUGGAUGGGCUAAAAACCUCAGUCAGAAUUUGUUCAGUAACUAUCACGUUGGAGUGUCCUGCCCAUACCUAACCCCUAACCUAUGUUUUUCUGGGCCAGACUGCC